AGUUUAGAAGUCUUCCUGAAAGAAUGUACUCUGAGCUUCAUUAGUCAAAUAAGGAAAAGAUACAUAAAAGAAAAAAAGUUGCAGAGUACUGACUACACAACGGAUGAAGUCCUUGGAUGUCAGGAUGGACGGACGAAGAAGAAGAAGAAGAGAAGAUCACAGAAGUGCUGCAGCCAGAGGACAGUGGGCCAGUAAAACAGAAUAUAUUCUGGUUGUUGCAGGAAAUGUGGUCGGCCUGGGCAACGUGUGGAGAUUUCCUUACCUCUGCUACAAGAACGGUGGAGGGGCCUUUCUGGUGCCGUAUGGUCUGUUAGCUGUGGUGUGUGGGAUACCUCUGUUCCUGUUGGAGACUUCAGUUGGUCAGUUCACCCAGGAAGGAUUCAUCACCUGUUGGAGUAAAUUGUGUCCACUGGCACAGGGAAUUGGAUAUGGAUAUUUCAUGAUGAAACUUUAUGACUUCAGCUACAUUUUAGUCCAAGUCUGGGCUCUCUUCUACCUGGUGUUCUCAUUUAGAUCCCAGCUGCCCUGGGCCAGCUGUGACAACACCUGGAACACGGCUAACUGCCUUGAUCUUCAGACUUUUAAUUCAUCUAAUGUGACUGCAAAUCGGACCAACACCACCUCUGCUGCAACCGAGUUCUGGGAACGGCGUGUGCUGGGCAUGUCUGGAGGCAUUGAGGAGCUGGGCAGUGUGAGAUGGGAGCUGGCUUUGUGUCUUCUGGCCUGCUGGGUGAUGUGCUACUUCAGCAUCUGGAAAGGUGUCAGAUCUUCUGGAAAGGUGGCGUAUUUCACAGCUACAUUCCCCUAUGUGAUGCUCCUGGUCCUACUCAUCAGGGGCCUGACUCUACCGGGAGCUUGGGACGGGAUCUACUUUUACCUGUAUCCAGACCUGAACCGCCUGGCUAACCUUGAGGUCUGGCUAGAGGCAGGAUCCCAAAUAUUCUUCUCCUACAGCUUGACUAUAGGGACUCUGAACGUUCUGGGCAGCUAUAAUAACUACACCAACAAUUGUUAUAAGGACUGCUUUUGGCUCUGUCUGCUGAACAGUGGGACCAGUUUUGUUGCUGGAUUUGUCGUCUUCUCUGUACUUGGAUUCAUGGCUCAGAAACAGGGUGUUAGUGUUGACACUGUGGCUGAGUCAGGUCCAGGUUUGGCCUUCAUUGCUUACCCUCAGGCAACAGCUAUGAUGCCUUUUCCACAGUUCUGGACGGUCUGCUUCUUCCUGAUGCUCAUUCUGCUGACUGUCGACACACAUUUUGUGACAGUAGAGAGCGUUAUCACCUCUGUAAGCGACUUGUUUCCGAAGCUGUUACGUGCACCAGUGAAGCACGAGAUCUUUGUCCUUGUCAUCUGUUCGUCCUUCUUCCUCAUGCACCUGACCCUGGUCACUGAGGGGGGAAUUUACAUAUUCCAGCUAAUUGAUUAUUAUGGUUGUACUAGAGCCUGCCAGGAUUGUAUGGCUAUAUGUCAAUGCCUGGCUUUGGGAUGGAUUUAUGGCGCUGACCGCAUAUUUAACAUCAUUAAGGACAUGACAGGACAGAGACCAUCAGUUUUCUUCAAACUAUGCUGGAAUUACAUCGUCCCUCUACUGUCACUGACAGCACCUUUACUGAUCAACGACUGGUACGUUUACCCUGACUGGGCGUAUGCUCUAGGAUGGACCAUGACCCUCUCCUCUGUUCUCAUGGUGCCACUGUGGGCAGCUGGACAGAUGUGUUUGACAGCAGGAACCUUCAGACAGCGUUUGUCCAUUCUUUGUCGUCCUGCUGACGAUGCAGCCUUGCAGAAGGAACGCGAAAAACUGAAAGAGGAGGAGGAGGGGAUGGUCGAACUCAGGGUGUCUGCAGGGACGUCUGAACUGCAAAGUUCCAUUAACUAGACAUCACAGCGGUCAUAUGAGCUUCUUGCAAUAAAUGUUGUGUAACUCCAAGAUUUCAGGGAUACCAAGCUGAAAUUACUGCGUAAAUGACAAAAUGAAUGAAUUAUUUUUUCCGAUAAAUAGAUUAUUUAGGCCAUUUAUCAAGCAAAGAUGACACUCUGUGGAUGAAUUGAAGUUUAUGCUGGUCUAUAAUAAUUACAAAUUGAAUAUAUUGUGAUUUAGGGCUGUUGGUCAGACAAAACAAUCAAUUUGACACUGACAUUAUAUAGUUGAUGAAAAGACAAGAACUGAUUUUUAUUGAUUUCUAAUGAAAAUAACCAGUAGUUGCAUCCCUAGCUCUUAUGACUGUGGUGAGGAUGCCCUUCUCUCCAGAUGUGCACAGAAGUUUGAGUGUUCAAAUGUGGGUUGAAACUACACAAGGACUCAUUUACCAAACUUGACUAGAUUGACCAGCCUAGGAUUGUUCCUUAUUAUUUAAGCACUUCAAAGUACUCACUUUGAUAAUCCGCAUUUUAGGUUUUGGUCAAAUGUUUCAGUACUACGUGCAAAUAUUAAAAUGAUUCAAAGUGAUUUGGAAUGCUGUCAAGUUGUUGCAUGACUAUAUGAAAACUAAAAACCAGUGGUGGAAUGUAACUAAAUACACUUAGUCAAGUACUGCACUUAAGUAAACAUUUGAGGUACUUGUACUUUAUUUGAGUCUUUUCUUUUCUUGCCACAAAAAUGAAGAAAAGAUGACAUAGUAACUGCAAUAUUAAAGACCAUUCAAGACAAUAGUCAAUAAACCAUAUAUCAAAUAAACAUAUGUAUAAAUGACAACACCAUAAGGCCAUCAUACAUGUCUCUCCCCAGCACAAGUUCUCCACAAAGCUCAGGUGCUUUCCCCAUUUUCUAGUAUAGACAUCCAACCAGGCAAACCGUUUGACAUUUUUUCAAACGCCGCCAUCCUAGCCAUCUGACAAGCCCACUCCUGGAUAAACGGCACAAAAAAAUGUUUGCGUUCGCGGGCCCUG